CGUUUUUAUGCUCUUGAAAAAUGUUAUUAUAUUUGUAUUUCUAACGUUUCAUUUUUUUUAAUAGUAUAAUCAUACCAAAGUACCGUAAAAAUAACCCGUAAGUUAGUAAUUAAUUCUAGUACAAGGGAAAAAGAGUCAAAUUAUCAGGUAGCAUCAAAAGUAGUGUCACGCAUAUUGAUUGUGUGCAGUGUAUGUGAGCACCUAAAGAUGUGUGUGUAUUUGUUGUUCGUUCGAUCUGAGAUGGCGUAAAUGUGUGAGGUUAUAACAGUGGCAGAACGCAACAGAACAUAAAAACGACCGGCGUGAUAAAGACCGACAAAUGCCACAAUAUUCAUAAUUGUUUUUUAAGUUCAUUUUGGAAGACACUUGAUAUUAAAAAAUAUUCAGCAUGUGCAGGAGAUGAUGCCGGGUACAUCGCGUCCAUUGGCAACUUCCAACGGUGGUACGUAGGCCCUGAUUGGGACACUUUAAUGGAGGUUCAUCAUGAACCUAUCGAAAAAAACUACGAGCUACUUGAGGAAAUUGGCAAGGGACAAUUUGCUGUAGUUAAAAAAUGUGUGGAAUUAAAGACAGGUGCUGUUUACGCAGCAAAGAUAAUGAGGAAGCGGCGCGUUGCCAGAGGUGUUGCUGCAGCUGAUAUCGCCCGUGAGGCAGGACUUCUAGCACAACUUAGACAUCCAAACAUAGUUUCAUUGCACAAAGUAAUAGAUACAGGGAAAACGGUAGUCUUAUUGUUGGAAUUGAUAACCGAUGGAGAAUUAUUCCAUUGGACACCUUCUAGUGAAGUUGAAGCUGCUCAUGUUGUUAGACAAGUAUUAUUGGCUUUAAGUCAUUUACAUUCCCAUCAAGUUGCUCAUCUGGAUAUUAAACCAGAAAAUAUUCUUCUUUCAUCACCACCACCUAUGCCUAAUAUUAAACUUAUAGAUUUAGGAUUAUCUCAUCGCUUGGUGCCUGGUUCAGAACUUCGUGCAUUGUUUGGUACUCCGGAAUUUGUUGCUCCAGAAAUAGUGAAUUACGAGCCAUUGAGUUUAGGAACGGAUUUGUGGGCUGUGGGAGUACUUACUUAUAUACUGUUAAGUGGAGCAUCUCCAUUCCUUGGAGAAGACAAGCAAGAAACCUAUGCAAAUGUGGCGGCGUGCCAAUAUCAGUUCGAUGAUGAAUUUUUUGGCAACGUCAGUGAAAUUGCCAAAGACUUUAUACGUUCUUUAUUGGUCAAAGAUCCAAAAGAGCGAGGAAGUGCGGAAUCGUGCCUUAAACAUCCCUGGAUUCUCACGGACUCUGAAACAUCUCAGGAUCUAAGUAAUGCUAUGAUAAGUGCUGUGAAACGUGGUUGUAUCCAGGCUGUAUCGCAAUUAUUACGUCAAGGAGCACCUUUGGAUAUAAAAGAUUCAAAACAAGAUACUCUCCUACACAUUUCAUGCGCCACAGGUAAUGAGGCGAUGACAUCGCUUUUGAUUGAGAACGGGAUAGAAUUAGAUGCAGCUAAUGAGAAGGGACUUACACCAUUACACGUAGCUGCACGGAAUGGACACAUUGAUAUCGUUAGACUUUUGUGUUUAUCCGGUUGUGAUGUAGAUAAAACAUAUCGAGGAAUUCGUGCGGAUAUUACUGCUAUUAAAUAUGGCCAUUUAGAGAUCGCUAACUUAUUAGAUAAAUUGAGAAAUACGGUACAGCGAGAAAAUUACAUCAAACAAUUACAACCAACUCACAAAGCAAUUGAUCGUCUUCAUAUUCGCUUUUUGGGCCAUUGUGGGACUGGAAAAUCAUCUUUAAUCAAUUCUUUGAAAGCUGGCAUUUUCAGUUUUGGAUUUUUUAGACGAUCUAAAAGUCAAAAUUAUUCUACCAAGAGAGAACCAAGCAUAGAACUAGACGUAACAAGUAAACAUGGUUCACUUAGUUUCGAAUAUAGUGAUAGUGAAUACGAGGGAACAAUUGGAGUAGAAUGGAGCAGAGGAAAUGUGGGUGGUGAAUGUGUUUUCUGGGAAUUAUGCGGUCGAGAGGAUUUCCUUACGGCUUAUCAUCAUGUCCUUACAUUUCAAUUGCCUACGGUGCAUCUGAUAACAAUAAGUCUCCGAGAACCACUAACUGUACAACUUCAGCAAGCUCGGUUUUGGUUACGCUUUAUUAUGGAUAGAAUUCCACCUAAUAAUAUUGGAUUUGCUGGGAAGUUUACAGACAUAAAAGUGAUAUUGAUCGGGACAUAUGCUCCUGAACCACAGACACCAAAUUCAAAUGGAACGAAUUUUUUGGCACCUUUAAUACCAUUUUUACAAGAAUUUAAACCAAUACUUGGAGAUGAACCUAUUAUGAUAGCCUUAGAUGCUACAAAUUCAUCAAAUCCAGGAGUGAAACUUUUACGUUCUUAUUUAACAAACAUUCGUGCAGAAUUUCUCGAGGAUGGAGUGGAAGCCGCAGAAAGUUUCCUACGCCGUGACAAAUCGCACGCAGCGGCUACGUACGCGCCAGUGGCGAAUCAUGAUAAACAGGGUGCUUUAGUUUGGACUGGUCUUGCAGAGGCCUGGAAAAAUUAUACUCAAACUCUAGAAGACUCCCCUGUUAUGUUUACUUGGAAUGAAUUGCUAGUUGAAGUUAGGAAAAUCAAUCCACUUGUGUCAUUGGAACAUUGCAAACUUUUAGCACAACAACUUCAGGCUUUAGGUGAAUGCGUCAUCCUACGCGAUGAAUUAAUUGUCUUAAAUCCUGAAUGGCUAUGGAGAGAUGUUAUAGGUUGGCAAUUGAGUGCUGAGCAAAGAGGUCGGCUUGGAGGUCGUACCACUGGUGUUUAUACCUUGGAAGACUUUCAAGCACGAUGUCCUUGCCCAGCUAAUCAAGCUUUACAAGUUCUUCAAAUGACAAAUUUUUGUAUUCCGUGUGAGGUUGAUGACGAUGAAGUUGAGUAUGAAAUCCCUUGUUUAAAUCUUGUGGAGCGUCUUCGAGGACUUUGGGAACCAUGGACAUCAACUUCAAGUUUACCACAUGCUGGAUUACGUUUAUUUCCUGCCGAAGCUCCUUUAUAUCACUUGAUGCCUCUUUUUCCACAUUUACAAGCUCAGCUUAGAAAAAUAACCCAGACUUGGGAUCCUAGAGAUUCGGAUUUAUAUCAGUGGUGGCGUGGAUCCAAAUUAUGUGUCGGUCCUUGUGAAAGUAUUAUAACUUUAGAAGAAGAAGAUCAAGGAUACAUCGAAAUAAGAGUACGAGGUCCUCGUGGUUCUGGAUCUCAAUGUUUUGCACUACUUGGUGUAAUUUUUGAUGCUCUUGACUGUACUAUUGAUAUUGUUGCACCUGCAUUACUUCUUGAACGCCAUUGGUUAAGUCCUAGUCAACUUCGAGACUAUGAUGAAGUUUUACAUUCUUAUGAACCAGCACCAAUUCUUUCGGCAUUAAUGGAAAAAGGAUUUGAAGAAGUAAGGUUUAAGAAUCCCUUUAAUGGCCGACAAGAAAGUGUCUGGGAAAUUGUAGGAUGUGGUACUACUUUUAUGGAUAAUUGUAUUCCUGGUGCCAGACAACCUGUCAAGUAUAUCAGACCUGCAAUUCAACGAAGAUUAGCUCAAAUGCUUGAUCCUCCAGAUCCACAUGGUAAAGAUUGGUGCUUGUUAGCUGUGAGACUUGGUUUAGGUGAUCGUGUUGCUAAUUUAGAUAGCAAUGUGGAUAGUCCUACUUUAAGAUUAUUGGCAUGUGCGGGCACUGGAUGUACUGUUGGAUCUCUUGUAAAACAACUUAGAGCCCUUGGCAGAGACGAUGCCGUCCACUUGUUGCUUUCCUAUACUCCUGUAUUUGUAUUAUCCAUGUCAAUUGAUUCAGAAACUGGGUCAAAUUUAUCGAGAUGACGAUGCUGUGAACAUCGACGCUGGAUAAACACAUUUUAAUUUAUCCAGCACAUAUUUGCUUACUAUACUGUAAGAUAUGAAUAAUCAAAUGUUUAUUUAUUAUGAAAAUAACAUAAUACUGUCGUAAAACAGGGUUACCGAAUUAUGAUAAUCAAUUUUAUUCAUUUGAAAAUUAACUAAUUGAUCAAAUGUAUUUAAUAUUGCAUUUUCAUAAUCAACUUACUGUUAAAUUUUUCUAAAGACUUUAAUAAUAUUUCGCAAUUAUUGACAAUUAUAUUUACGUUAAAAUUAUUAUUAUAUAUUUUUAUUAGAAAUUAAAAUUUGGUACUUUCAAAUUUAAGUACUUAAAAAUAGUAGGAAAUGUUUGUAAUGUUAUAGAAAUUUUUGCUUUAUUGACAUUAAGCAUAUUCAAAAUAUACUUAAUUAGUGAACUUGAAUCGUGGCUUGAAUAGCAUUGAUACUGUCUUUUUUAAAAUUGUCUAUCUUUUUAUAAAGCAGAUCUUUCUGACAGAAAUCCAAAGACUGCAUCAAUUCAUUAUUUAUAUUACUACAUUAAGAUGCAUAAAAUUUUUUAGGUAUGUAUUUUCAAAUAACGAGCGUUAAACAAAAUAUGAAGUAUGUAUUACUUAAAAAAUGUGUCAUAUUACGGCUUGUAACUUAUUCAAAUUAGCACGCACAGAAUUGACAUUAGAAUCAUUGAAAUCUCCAAUUUGAUUUUGGCCAUUAGUAUUAAGAUUUUAGAUAAAUUAUUUUUUUUUUACUAUUAUUUAAGAAUUUAUUAAUUAUUAAUAUUUUAUGUAUUCUUUAAUCAAUAUCUAUUUAAUUUUUCA